AUUCUAUCAUAUAAAUAGGUAAAUUUUGUGAGGAGACAUUAUCACUUCUUGUUUGUGUCUUAGACUUACUGGAAGAUGAAAGCAUUUUUGGUACUUUGCUUUGUGGUUUUGGCUACUGCCACUACUCCAGAAACAUCUAACAAAAAAUCUCUUGAGGUAGCAGAAAAAUCUAAGCGCCAUAGUGGAUACUUCCAACAGUCUUUUGAAAAUUUCCCACAAGGUAACGGUGGCAUCUCUACUGGACUAGAAACAUCCGGUAUAGUGUCUGGAGGUCUCGUAUCUUCAUCAUCCGGUCUAGAUUCAACCGGAAUCUUAUCAUCUGCCGGAUCAUAUGGUCAAUCUUCGCUGAGCUCGAUUGGUUCUGGAUUUGGCUUAUCUGGAUACCACUCAUCCGGUUCAGGAUAUUCUUCUGGAGUUAAAUCUGCAUUAGAUACAAUUGGAACCGGAAUCUCUUCAACUGGUUUGGACUAUUCUGCUGGAUUACAAUCAACAUCAGGUUCAAUUGGAUCUGGAGUUUCCUCGUCAGAUUUAGGUAUCUCUUCUGGAGUUGAAUAUACCGGUCAAUCGGCAUUGAACUCAAUUGGAUCCGGAAUCUCUUCAUCUGGUCUGGGAUAUUCCUCUGGAGCUGGAUUGUACGGUUUGGGCUAUUCUUCUGGAAUCGGAUCUGGAAUUUCUUCUUCUAAUUUAGGAUAUACCUCAUCGUCAAACUUGGGCAUAUCAUCCUUGGGUUCAGGAUUAAGUUAUGGUUCAGGUUUGAAUUACGGUUCAGGAUUGAGUUAUGGUUCAGGUUUGAAUUACGGUUCAGGAUUGAGUUAUGGUUCAGGUUUGAAUUACGGUUCAGGAUUGAGUUAUGGUUCAGGUUUGAACUAUGGUUCAGGUUUGAACUAUGGUUCAGGUUUGAACUAUGGUACAGGAUUUGGUUACGGAUUAGGUUCCUCCUCUUAUGGUUCAGGAUAUUCUUACCCCCAAUCUCAAUACUACAGCUCAGGACCAAUUGUAACUAAUCAAGAAGUGGCCAGACACACGAUACAUAAUGUUGUUAAUAAAGUCAAAGUACCCGUACCAGUACCACAACCUUACCCGGUUACAAAAACUAUUCCAGUACCAGUUCCCUAUCAAGUUAAAGUUGAUAAACCAGUUCCAGUCCAAGUAAAAGUUAAUGUGCCAGUACCUGUAGAAAAACCAUAUCCAGUACAAGUGCCCCACCCAGUACCAUAUCAAGUUAAGGUAAAAGUACCAUACCCAGUAGAGAAACCUUAUCCAGUACAAGUAACAAGAACCGUAACUGUACCUGUUGAGAAGCCAGUUUACGUGAAAGUUCCUCAAGUUGUAAGAGUACCUGUACCACAACCUUACCCCGUGCCAGUAGAGAAAAAAGUGAGAGUCAAUGUUCCUCAUCCCGUUGUCGUCAAGGUUCCACAAAUAUAUAAAGUACAUCACAACAUCGAAACUAUCAAGAAACCUGUCGUAUUAGUUCAACAACGAGUUUCAGCACCAGUUGUAACAUCUGUUUCGUCUGGAGUAGGGGGAUUAGGCGCUGGAUUCACUUCCUCAGGACAAUCUGGAGUUGUAUCUUCUGGAAUAUAUUCUGGUACUUCAGGAUUAGCGUCUUCUGACUUUACUUCAUCAGGUAUUACUAAUGCUGGCCUUGCAUCUUCCGGUAUCUCUUCCUCUGGUCUUUUCGGUUCUGGAAUAUCAUCUACUGAUAUAUCUUCCGGAAUUUCUACAGCGGGACUCUCAAAUUUCCAAUCUACUGUAGGAGGAUUCAACGGACUAUCAUCUGGAGUAGACUCUUCGGGAUUCCAAACUUCGGGAUCUGAAUUCUUUAAUACCGGUCUGUCUGGAUUAUCUGGCUCAGAAGUAGUAACUUCUGGUUCAGCUGUACCAUGUGCCACGCACCAUGAAAAUGUUCACAACAUCAUAGCUCGUAAAGCCGAAAAUAAAGAAGAAAAGAAACAGUAAAUUCUUUUAUCAAUCUUGGUAAUAUAUAAUGUUGAUAUUCGACAAAAAUUGUAGUGUUUUUGUUAAUAUAUGUUUAUAAGGAAUAA